CCCCCAGGAGCCGACGAGUGGCGGCGGCGGCGGCGGUGGCGGCGGCCCCAGGACGCGGUUCCCUCAGACAAGAGGGCGGGCGGAGGAGGAAGCGGCCGAGCACCCGCCCGCCUCAGCAGACUUCGCGCCGUCGGCUCCCGGGCCUCGCGGCCCCGAGAAGGAGAGAGCGAGGCGGGCCGCGAGGAGAGGAGGCGGCGGGGGCGCGGGGCGGAGGCGGCGCGGCCGGCCGCGGCUGCGGCUUUGUUGUGCGGGCCCGGCCGGGCCGAGGAAGCAGAAGUAGGAGGAGGGGGGAGCUCCGCGUCCCGCUCCCUCCGCGGCUCAUGGCGACGGCGCUCGGCACAUCCGGGACCCUUCGGCCCUGGCGGACGCGGCGCGGGCUGUUCGGGCCCCGGCCCCGGCCGCUGUGGUGACUCCUCCGCGCCUCGCCGUCGUCCCAGCCCAGCCCAGCCCGCCCGCCCGCCGGCCGCGAGCGCCGCCGCCGCCGCCGCCUCCCCCACCGCCGGGGACAUGUCUAACCCCGGAGGCCGGAGGAACGGGCCCGUCAAGCUGCGCCUGACAGUACUCUGUGCAAAAAACUUGGUGAAAAAGGAUUUUUUCCGACUCCCUGAUCCAUUUGCUAAGGUGGUAGUUGAUGGUUCUGGGCAGUGCCAUUCUACAGAUACUGUGAAGAACACACUUGAUCCAAAGUGGAAUCAGCACUAUGACCUGUAUAUUGGAAAGUCUGAUUCAGUUACGAUCAGCGUAUGGAAUCAUAAGAAGAUCCAUAAGAAGCAAGGUGCUGGAUUUCUUGGUUGUGUUCGUCUUCUGUCCAAUGCCAUCAACCUCCUCAAAGACACUGGUUAUCAGAGGUUGGAUCUAUGCAAACUGGGGCCAAAUGACAAUGAUACAGUCCGAGGACAGAUUGUAGUAAGUCUUCAGUCCAGAGACCGAAUAGGCACUGGAGGACAAGUUGUGGAUUGCAGUCGUUUGUUUGAUAAUGAUUUACCAGAUGGUUGGGAAGAAAGGCGGACUGCUUCUGGAAGAAUCCAGUAUCUAAACCACAUAACAAGAACUACACAGUGGGAACGCCCCACACGACCUGCGUCAGAAUAUUCUAGUCCUGGCAGACCUCUUAGCUGUUUUGUGGAUGAGAAUACUCCAAUUACUGGAACAAAUGGUGCAACAUGUGGACAGUCUUCAGAUCCCAGGCUGGCAGAGAGAAGAGUCAGGUCCCAGCGACAUAGAAAUUACAUGAGCAGGACACACUUACAUACUCCUCCAGACCUACCAGAAGGCUAUGAACAGAGGACAACACAGCAGGGUCAGGUAUAUUUCUUACAUACUCAGACUGGUGUGAGCACGUGGCAUGAUCCACGAGUGCCUAGGGAUCUUAGCAACAUCAAUUGUGAAGAGCUCGGUCCUUUGCCUCCUGGAUGGGAGAUCCGCAAUACUGCAACAGGAAGAGUUUAUUUUGUUGACCAUAACAACAGAACAACACAAUUUACAGAUCCCAGGCUCUCUGCUAACUUGCAUUUAGUUUUAAAUCGUCAGAACCAGUUGAAAGACCAGCAACAACAAGUAGUGUCCUUGUGUCCUGAUGACACUGAGUGCCUGACAGUGCCAAGGUACAAGCGAGACUUGGUUCAGAAACUAAAAAUCUUGCGGCAAGAACUUUCCCAACAACAGCCUCAAGCUGGCCACUGCCGCAUUGAGGUGUCUAGGGAAGAGAUUUUUGAGGAAUCAUAUCGACAGGUAAUGAAAAUGAGACCAAAAGAUCUCUGGAAGCGAUUAAUGAUAAAAUUUCGUGGAGAAGAAGGCCUUGACUAUGGAGGAGUUGCCAGGGAAUGGUUGUAUCUCCUGUCGCAUGAAAUGUUGAAUCCUUACUAUGGUCUCUUCCAGUAUUCCAGAGAUGAUAUCUACACAUUACAGAUCAACCCUGACUCUGCAGUUAAUCCGGAACAUUUAUCCUAUUUCCACUUUGUGGGGCGAAUAAUGGGAAUGGCUGUAUUCCAUGGACAUUAUAUUGAUGGUGGUUUCACAUUGCCUUUUUAUAAACAGUUGCUCGGGAAGUCAAUUACUUUGGACGACAUGGAGUUAGUUGAUCCAGACCUUCAUAAUAGUUUGGUGUGGAUACUUGAAAAUGAUAUCACGGGUGUUCUGGACCAUACCUUCUGUGUUGAACAUAAUGCAUAUGGCGAAAUUAUUCAGCAUGAACUCAAACCAAAUGGCAAAAGUAUCCCUGUUAGUGAAGAAAAUAAGAAAGAAUAUGUCAGGCUUUAUGUAAACUGGAGGUUUCUCCGAGGCAUUGAAGCUCAGUUCCUGGCACUGCAGAAAGGAUUCAAUGAAGUCAUCCCGCAGCAUCUGCUGAAGACAUUUGAUGAGAAGGAGCUGGAGCUCAUUAUUUGUGGACUUGGCAAAAUCGACGUGAGUGACUGGAAAGUCAACACCCGGUUAAAACACUGUACGCCGGACAGCAAUGUUGUCAAGUGGUUCUGGAAAGCUGUGGAGUUUUUCGAUGAGGAGCGGCGAGCGCGGCUACUCCAGUUUGUGACAGGGUCCUCCCGGGUGCCUCUGCAGGGCUUCAAAGCACUACAGGGUGCUGCAGGCCCACGGCUCUUUACCAUACACCAGAUUGAUGCCUGCACGAACAACUUGCCAAAAGCCCACACUUGCUUCAAUCGAAUAGACAUUCCACCCUAUGAAAGCUAUGAAAAGCUCUAUGAAAAGCUGCUAACAGCCAUCGAAGAAACAUGUGGAUUUGCUGUGGAAUGAUGGGCCCAGGACUAGAGCUCUUGUUUACCCUGGCCGGCAGCCCCUUCAGCAGCGCUUCAGAGAAUGCUGGAGUACAGGACGGUCCUCCCCAGCCCCUCACGUUCUAGGACACUGGGAAGGAAAGGACAAUUUUGAAAUUCCUUUUCAAGGAAAAGUAAAGGUCUUUAUGCUUUGCCAUGAGGACACACUCAGCUGCUAUCUAAAACUUAAUACCUUGAACCUAGAGAAUGCUGACCCCUGCAUCUCCAGUUAGGCAGUGUUCUACACUUACAGACUACUACUAUUUUUAUAAAAGGUUAUCUAUCCAGAUCGCGUCACAGACUCGCGUCUCCACAGCAAGACAACUCCAGCAGUCGGUACAAGUCACAUUUCAUUUUGAUUGAAUAUAUGAUUUCUGAAUAGCUCUUAUAUUUGCUCUUUGUAAAAAACUAAAUAAAGUUAUUUUAAACUGUUCCACCUUUGUAAACAAUUGGCUAAAGGGAUCACUACCUUUAUGAAAUUAAGCCAUUUACAUGUUUAGUUGUGUUUUUCUAUAGCAGAGCAUUAUAUUUUGCAUUAUGUGGGUCACCGUAGCUUAAAUGGGGUUUUUAUAUUUUUCAAGUGUGACUUUCCUGGAAAUUCCUAAUGCAAACCAUUUAAAUUGAGUUUAUUUGCUAUCCUCCCUGUUUUUAAGAUGACUUUGAAAAAACAAAACAAAAAAACACCUCAUGUUCUUGAAUCAAGAGGAUCAGGUAUUUUGGAUUUACUUUCAUCUUAAAUUGAAAUACUGCAUUUUUUAUAGCUUCUCAGUAUGUGAUGGGGUGGGAUUUUCAUUCUUUGCUAAGUCAGCUUGUCUUUUAUAUGCUAUUUCUAUAAACCAAAGUCUCUAAUAAGUAUAUUAACUUAUAUUUUAAUUAAGUUUCUAAAAGGAAAAUUUUUGCUCUAAAGAUUGUUUAGCAAGCUUACGGAGCCCUGCUUUUACCUCACUGGAUAAACUGGAGGUGGCACUGGGCACGGUGGGCAGGGAAUGUCAUACAUCAGUGAGGUCAGAUGUGCUGACCAUGCCUGUGAUCCCUGCGCCUGGGAGGCUGAGGCAGGGCGAGCAGUCCCAAGUUCAAGGCCAGUCUGAGCUACAUAGCAGAUCUUGCCUCAGAUAAGAUGACUCUUAAGUCUAUUGUACAUUUCACUCUAAAACUGAAGAGUUCAUUUAAAAGCAAGGGAGUAAAGUCCUGGCUGCCACAUUGCUGACUUCCAAGUGUUAAGGUUGAGCUUUCAAAGUGUGUGGCUCAUCCCAUGAUCCAGGAGGUAACGAAAAUUCUGGGGUGAGAGAUUGCAACCAUCAAAAAUUACAUUGGAUUUUUAAAAUUCAACCAUCAGAACAACGUACUAUUUUUAAACGUUGAUGUGAAAUAAGAAUAGCAAAUUUCGAUGAGCUUGGCACAAGGACAUAUGAGGCACGUGUGACAGAAAUUUUAACUAAGCCUGGUGGCUGACACCUGUAAUCCCAUCAUUGGGGAGGCAGGCAGAGGCAACCUCACCUACCUAGUGGGUUUGAGGCUACUUGAGGCCCUGUCUCCAGGGGCGUGAGGACCGUAGCUGACAGGGAUGCAGUGAUGCCAUGCUACUUUCCAGUGGUUCUCUGUGCAGUGGAAGCAGGCAAAUCCCAUCGCUUUGAGUGCCUUUCAACUUCAUAAUGACGGCUUGACAGAGCUUUAACGGACAUUGCCCUUUGUAACAGUCUCAGUAGCACAUGACAUCCAAAAACAUGAUUUAGAUUUCAAUUUCAAAAUUACAUUUCCAGAUUUCUUCCAAAUAGGUGCUAAGCAAACAACCCCCCCAACUGUCGUUGAAUCUGGACUUGCCGUUUAAUGUGAAUAUUUCUAUCUGUUUCCACAUCUCCUCUAGUUGCGAUGUUCCACCACCCCCUUUCCAUCAGGAAAGCUUAAUUCUGACCAGUGGUUACCUUGUAGUGCUCUCACAUGCAGUAAGAGGCCACUAUUUCUCGGCAGAGUUUUCAAGUAGUGCUGUGUCUUGUACAUUUUGCUUUGCAGUCUGUUGCUCUGUUUUUACAGUGCUCUCCCGCCCCCACCCCCACUUACAGGCCGGAGCACAAGUUUCUCUUCUCCUAAAUCCAUUGUAAUUUACUUUGACAACACUAAAUCUGCUCUGAGCUUGCGGUGCGAUGGGCAGAUUGCACUGAUGGGUGUUUGACACGUCCAGUGCCUGCAGGGUUGGCAGCACAGCGCCUUGUCUUUCAGCUGCCGCUUACAUCGGGGCCACGUGUGCGGUUAAUGAUCUCACACUAGGAUGAUGAUUGUACCAAAUGCUGAGUUGCUUAUUCUAGAUGUAAUUAGUCCACUUUAUGUAAUAUUCUUCCUUUUUUCAAACUGACUUUAAAAACAAAGUUUUAUCAUUUCCAUUGUAUUUAUUACAGAAUGUUUUAGCUUUGAUAUUCUUUGUAUUUUCACUCGUUUGUUACAUGAGCUUUAUCAAUAACAUCUGUAUAAAUGGUUUUUAAAAAUUAACUAUGUAUGUAUGUAUGUAUGUGCCCAUGCCGAAGUUGAGCAAUAAAAUGAAUGCUGUUUGCACUGUCA